AUCGAUGUUUCAGUAUCGAUCCGCACAUCACUAGCUCCGACAACAAACAAAAGAUCGAGGCUAGCCGAGCUCAUUAUACUUUGGCGAUACGUUUAGUAGUUAUUUGCGGCUAACGCUGACCUGCUCCCCUGUCUUUUACCUACUUUCCUCCUACCCUGUGCGGCUGAUAACAACCCCCUCUCCAGUGUCUCGGUCUGUGGCUUCUUUGUGCCAGCGAAUGUCCUUUUCUGGCCGAGCUAAACGCGUUAGCCGAGGCUAGGCUAACCAGCUCUGGCUAACUAACCUCUUUAAAAACUCGACACUGACUGACACAAGUGGCGCUGGCUUGUUGCUGACAAGCCGUUUAUUUCACUAAAACCCGUGUCGUAGCCAUGUCCGGACAGUCGUCUGGCUGUGGGUUUCUGAUGUCGGUGGUCGUCCACGGAGACUCGGCUCUGAACGAGCAGGAAAAGGAGCUCAACCAGCGGCUCCGGAGGCUCUAUCCGGCCGUCAACGAGAACGAGACCCCGCUACCUCGAUCCUGGAGCCCGAAGGACAAGUUCAGCUACAUCGGACUUUCCCAGAACAACCUCCGCGUUCACUAUAAAGGUCAUGGCAAAACUCCUAAAGAUGCGGCGUCUGUACGGGCCACCCACCCCAUCCCAGCCGCCUGCGGGGUCUACUACUUUGAGGUGAAGAUCAUCAGUAAAGGCCGAGAUGGGUACAUGGGUAUCGGCCUCUCAGCUCAGGGAGUAAACAUGAACAGACUCCCCGGUUGGGACAAACACUCAUAUGGUUACCACGGAGACGACGGCCACUCCUUUUGCUCGUCCGGCACCGGCCAACCGUACGGACCUACGUUUACAACAGGCGACGUGAUUGGCUGCUGCGUUAACCUCAUCAACAACACCUGCUUCUACACAAAAAAUGGUCACAGCCUAGGUAUUGCCUUCACAGAUCUACCACCAAACUUGUACCCGACCGUGGGCCUUCAAACUCCAGGGGAGGUGGUCGACGCCAACUUCGGCCAGCACCCGUUUGUGUUCGACAUCGAGGACUACAUGCGAGAGUGGAGGACAAAGAUUCAAGCCCAGAUCGACCGCUUCCCGAUCGGAGAGCGCGAGGGCGAGUGGCAGUCCAUGAUCCAGAAGAUGGUGGCUUCUUACCUGGUGCACCACAGCUAUUGUGCCACAGCCGAAGCCUUCGCCAAAUCCACCGACCAGGCUGUGCACGAGGAGCUGGCCUCCAUUAAAAACCGACAGAAGAUCCAGAAGCUGGUGUUGUCGGGCAGAAUGGGCGAAGCCAUCGAGACCACCCAGCAGCUCUACCCCAACCUCCUGGAGAGGAACCCAGACCUCCUCUUCAUGCUCAAGGUGAGACAGUUCAUAGAGAUGGUGAACGGGACGGACAGUGAGGUGAGGUGUCUGGGAGGUCGUAGCCCAAAGUCUCAGGACAGUUACCCCGGCUCCCCCCGGCCUUUCAGCAGCCCCAGCCACAAAGCCAGCAGCUCCCAGUCCUACCUCUCAGGGUUCGACAGCAACUGCUGUAACGGCGUGACGUCUAAUAAGAGCCACAGCUCCUCCCCUCACAGUCAUAAGCCCUGCCCCCCAGGCACUGGCUCCACCCCCCCAGCAUCUGACAUAAGUCUCAAUGGGAGUCGCAGCCAGCAGCCAGUAACCAGUAACGACGUGGAUAUGGAGGUUGACCACUUCACCAAUGGAGUGACAGAGUCGUCCUCCAAUGGUUUCCUCAACGGCACCUCCAAACACGCCACGGAGCCCGACGACUGCGACGCAGACAUGGAGGUGGAGUCGGCUCAGUCUAAGAGGCAGCUGUGUGGCGGGAGCCAGGCGGCCAUCGAGAGAAUGAUCCAUUUCGGCAGGGAGCUCCAGAGCAUGAGCGAACACCUCCGCCGCGAGUGUGGCAAGAACUCAGCCAACAAGAAGAUGCUCAAGGACGCGUUCAGCCUGCUGGCCUACUCGGACCCCUGGAACAGCCCAGUGGGAUACCAGCUGGACGCCAUUCAGAGAGAGCCGGUCUGCUCCACACUCAACAGUGCAAUAUUAGAGACUCACAACCUGCCCAAGCAGCCCCCCCUGGCCCAGGCCGUGGGUCAGGCCGCCCAGUGCCUCGCCAUCAUGGCACGAACUGGCAGCGGCUCCUGCGCCUUCGCCUCUGUGGACGAUUACCUGCACUAGCCCCAUGUACACACACACACCAGACACACACACAUGCACACACUGUUUCUCUGAAGGCUUGUCCAGCAAUGUCCUCCUCCACCUCCUCCACCUCCGUACUCCUACUAGCUGAGGAGACGUCCCCCUGCACAGUAGAAACUUAACUACGUCACCCGCCUGUUGUUCCGCUUUUACCGAUCGACACGAAAACACCACCGAGGAUCUGGAGUCAUUUCUGGGCAGAUCUUCAGAGCACCAACACGCACCGAGGACAUUUAGAACAUGCAAAACACGCACCACAUCCCUUUCCAUCGUAAAUAUGAAAUUACACCUCCGUCUUGGGUUGCCCCACUCCCCCCUCCGGGUCCUCAGAGGUCUUUGUCUGUCUGACAGCGGAGAACGGCAGCCGACUUCAAAAUACUCGGAGAGCUUGAACUCGUGUGGACUCGCCACAUACACCCAGCCCCCCUUUACCUUUACCUGGGGUUGUGUGUGUGUGUGUGGGGUGGGGGUGGUGGGGGGGGCGUCAAAAAAACAGGAUGGAAAAACUGGCAAGAAAAAAACAAAACCCUGGUGAAACAUAAGGAAAAAAAAUAACAACAACAACAACAAAAAAAGCAAACUGACGAGUGGCCGCGCCGUUUAACGUGGUCCCUGUAAACCUGGCGCACACACACAUGUACACACACACACGCAAAAACGAAGGCUGACGCUGAAAACAGGAUUUUAAAAUCUAAAAUCUCCACCGCGCCAAUGCAAGGCUUAGUUAUGGACAGCCUGCACCCACCUCCGCCCCCCUUCCCCCCAAAACCUUCCCCCUCCCUGCACCGACCACCCGGCCCACCCGGCGCCACUGACGUCAGGACAUCGGUGGAGGUGCGAGACGCAUGUGGACUCGGGGGACUCUGAAGAAGAAGAAGAAGAAGAAGCCAGAGAGAAUCUACAGUCUCGACUCCCAGUUUUUAAUCUUUCGUUUAGUUUUUGUUUUUCUCGGGGCGAAGAGCGUGGGAGGGACCGGGGAGGCGUGGUUACCUGGCUCUUGUUUUGUUUUUAGUUUUUCCAGGUUCAUAAGACACGGCGCCGACGAGGAUUAUUCUAAUUAUUAUUAUUCUAAUUAUCAUUAUAUGAAUUAUUGUUACUUGCAUUACACAGUAUAUUUGUUUAGCGCCAGCAAGAGAAAGUUCCACCAGUUUAUUAUAAUAAAGGUCCCGAUUCCACCGAUUACCAGUGAUGAGCGUGUGUACAUGUUAACGUUUAUAUAUGAAUUUAACAAAAAGGAGUUAUAUCAAUAGAGUGAGAUAUUUAGUUAUCAAAUGAAAAAAAAAAAAACACCAAUCCUUUAAUGCUUUGUACCGACACCAGUGACCCCUGAAGAGCCUGAACAAGGUUUUAUGUUUAACUCCCGGGUUCCUACGCAGGUGAAAACCUGACAAAUUUGAUCAUAAGUUCUUCAAGAGCAUUUAGAUCUUUACUUUUCACGUGUCGCGGCACCUGCCUUGAAGGUUUCUGCCCUUGCUCCAGCCUGGCUGAAUACACUGGGGGGGAGAUCUUCCGGACGAAGUCUGGAGCCGGUGAAAAGCCUGUAUAGGAACCCUACGAUGAUCCCCUGACUGCGUUUUUAUUUGUUCCCCUGGUGCCCAGAUACACCGCUGCACAGCAGGUUUGAUGCAAACGUUGUUGACCUUUGUUUUCGUAUCGAUGUCUAUGCUAAUCUCUAACCCACAAAGAACUCAGGAGCCAAAACGUCCCUUUGUUCAUCCUCCUCGGUGUAGAAUGGGAAGGUCCGCUCCACGUCGUGACCUUGUGCCUCAGUUAAAGGUGGACUUUUCACACUCGAACCCACUCCAGAGAAAGUUCAGAGUUGAACUGAAGUUUUACUUUCACCUUUGUCGUGAUUUUCUACCUUUCUCGUUGACCUAUUCGCCCCCCGAUGGUGGAAGCUACCGUGCAAGGUGCUCCCCCUCCAUUGGGAGCAACUUUGGGUUCAUUGGCUGGAGAUUGGACCGCUAGUUGGUGAAAACCUCACUCUACGACCUGUAAGUCUCUUUCCUGUGUUGCCAUUACUUGAAAUUAUUAAAAACUGGAGCCAGUCGUCUUUAGCUUGGACAGACUUGGACGCUGUUGUCCCGUGGAACUCCUGUUACGAGACAUUUCCUGCCUUUUCAAAGUAAUCCACCUGGCAUCUCUUAAUCUGAGCAAGUCCUUCCCAUUGUCAAACGCCUAUAAGGGGAAGCCAUUAAGCUAGGUCUUGCUAGUUAGCCUAGCUUCCUGCACUUCCUGUCUAGUGUCCAGCUGUGGUUAGUCAAAUGUGAUGUCAUUAAAAACAGCGUACCGAACAUUUGCAGCAAAGCAAAUGGGAGGGAGUUAGCUUAGCUUAAACCAGAAAACGGUACCAAAGAGAUUUUUAAUGAGGAGUCCCUGGACCAGUGGUACCAACAGGUGGUUUACCCCUCAUCUAACCUGGGAUGAAGCACUGAUUUAAAUUUCAGUUUGACUUUUUAUUUCCUUCUCAAGUAACUUUCCCUAAACCAUAAACCAGCUGAGAUGCUUCAGUAAACCUGGACUAAUUAGGAUUUCUGGAGCUACUGGAAUGGCGCUCGGGUAUGAAAAGUCCUCAGGUCCACCUGUCUUCAACUAUUUAUGUCGACCCAUCAGCCCUCAGAGGACGGCCUCCUCUGUUUCAGUUUGCUCCCAGAUCCUCCUUUGGCCUCUUGCGUAGUGCGUGAAUCAUCCAGUAUUGUCAGCUGCACUGUGGCUACCACGUUUGAACCAAAUACUUUAGCAAGAUGACGUCACAGCCGUGUGUUUUUAGGACCGUUUGUUUGUUUGUGUUGUCCACUCGCAGAGAAACCGUCGAGGCUUUCGUCACGAGAUCCAUCUUUUCCUCUCGUUUUCCUCCGGGGUGAGGGGGGGUGGGGUGGGAUGGGAUGGGAGGGGGGUGUCAGGAGGUGAUGCUUCUCCUCACGGUGGAACCGAGCUUUUCUGUACCUUGGGUUUGUUUCUUUUACUUUUUGCGGAUUGCAAGCGGUCAUGGCAUCGUUUUAGAAAACUUCUUAGACAAAGUGUCUGUUGUCUCUUUCUGAGUAAGGUCUGAAACCUAUGCAUGCAAUAGUAAAGUGGUGGUAAGAUCAAGUUAGAUGUCUGUUACUUUCUUUUUGUUUGUUUUUGUUUUUUUUGGUUUGUUUCUCCUUCUUUUAGCCAGUUCACGGUGUAUAAGGAAGAUGUCAACCAGUAAGUUGUCCACUGCUGACUCUGUGUCCGUUUGGAGAAAAAAAAAAAUGUGCAAUUUGUGUGAGGGUGAAAAAGAUUUAUAUUAAAAAUGACAAAUGAUGA